AUGGCAGCAACCGCUUUGCGAGGUCUGGCGGCAACCAGCUUCGUCACCGCCCACCUGCCCGACACACACCACACGGGAUCCAUCUACCCGGCCUCGUUAGCCCAGCCACAACAACCACCAACACACCGCCCCUCUGACCGGUAUCAACUUACAAUUCCACCCCCCAAGAUGCCCAACCCAGCCACCCCCCGCCGCCGCGGCCACGACCGCCAUGCCCGCCACGCCAAUCCCAACACCAACGCCAACAGCGACUUGACCAACGCAAUCCGCAUGUCCGGCCGACCCCCCACGCCCAACCCCCAGCCCCGCCCGGGCCCGCUGGGCCCCGCGCCGCGUCCGGAUAACCCGACGCCGCCGCCUUCGCCGGGACCGACGCCGCCGCCUACGCCGCCGAAUCCGCCCGCCCCGCAGAAUUGA